AUGACCUCAUGCGCAGUCGUCCUUCAGCUGGGUGCAGGCCGAUCAGCCCGACCACCAGCAAGUUCCUGCUGCCCCACCAUCCCGUGUGUGCAAUUUCUAUAUCUAGUCAACGAAGCAACCCAACACAACUCAUCAACAUGCCUGUGUUCGGUGAGUUUCCAUUUCAAGACGGAUGCUGAGCAAGUUUGGUUCGAGAAAUGCCAUCAAGAUGAUCCGAUAAUCAACUCCACCCACCUCCUCCUCAGCUCCCUGCUUGUCACGCCUUCCAGACGAAUAGAAUUCUAUUCGAAAGACUGCAAGCAUCGUCACAAACUGGACUGGAUUGUUGAAGUGCUGCACGGCCGAGGCCAAUCACACGACGACCACCAAUCCGCUGACCAUCAGCAGACCAACAUGCAAACUGAAGAUCAGCAGACCAACAUGCAAACUAAAGAUCAGCAGACCAACAUGCAAACUGAAGAUCAGCAGAUUAACAUGCAAAUAAAAAAGGAAAAAACCAAAAAGUCCCAUCUUCAAAUCAGUGCAGCCAGUUAUUUGAGUGCACACUCCAACCAGCUUGAAGUUCACUUCCCACUCUCCUUCAUGUUUCUGGGGCUGUUGGUCACUUCAGUCGUCAGCUUCCUCAUCCUCAUCAUCGGCCUCUUCAUCCACCACAGAAGAUGUCGCAACAGUCAGAGAGAAAGAGAACUUGGAGCGCUGAGGAAACCUUUGCUGGGUGACGAGGCAGACGAGUUGAAGUUCACAAAAAGAAAUUCGAAAGCUCAAUUGGAGGUCACGCCAGACAUAAACUGUGUUGACGAUCAUCACAAUCAUUACGGAAAAAGACAAUAUAAAAACAUUUCAACAAAUAAUAAUAGAGAUAUAAAUCAUUCAAAAGAAUGUGAAGUUGUCAAUAAUUUGAAAAACACGACUUGCUUAUGUAGGAAUGUUAAUAAUAAUUUUUAUUUCAAACGGACCAACAGUUCAAAAAGUAAACAAAUAAUUUCUGCCAAAAUCAAGCGACAUUUGUCUCUCUGA